AGGAGGAGUAAAAGCUGUAUUACCAACGUCGGACUUUUCCCUCCAUUUUUUUUCUUCCAGGGAGCGAGCAAUAAGGGCCAGGGCUUGCGCAAGCUCGAUUUCCUCGUUUUAUCCCGAAUCGGAGCUUUGGUAACUGCACUGCUCUUACAGACAGGGCGAAGAAAAGAAGAAGAAGAAGAAGAAGAAGGCGACGACCGACGACGAUGGGGCUGCUGUCGCUGGGCACGCCACUGCCCUGGCCCGAGGCCAAGCCGCUCGCCGACCAUGUUCGAUAUCACGGCAUCAGCCAGUUUCUCAACCUCUGGGCCCAGAUCAAGGACCGCCGAGGCGAUAAGCUGCUCUGGGGCGACGAGAUCGAGUACAUUGUCGUCUCGUUUGAUGACGAGAACCGCAAUGCGCGCGUGUCGCUCCGCCAGGCCGAGAUCCUCGAUGUGCUGGCCAAGAGCCACCGCCAGACGGCCGACGAGGCCCCGGGCAUCGCCAGCCAGGUGCCCACCUUCCACCCAGAGUACGGCCGCUUCAUGCUCGAGAGCACGCCCGGCCAGCCGUACGGCGCGAGCCCGCGGGAGCUGCGCGCCGUCGAGGCCAACAUGCGCCUCCGGCGGCGGAUUGCGCGGAGCCACCUGCACCCGCACGAGCUGCCCAUCACCCUGACCUCGUACCCGCGCCUGGGCUGCAACGACGUGCCUUUCACCGACCCGCAUCUGGAGCCGCGGGGCGAUGCGAGCCGGAGCAUGUUCCUGCCCGACGAGGUCAUCAACCCCCAUGCGCGCUUCCCCACCCUCACGGCCAACAUUCGCAAGCGGCGAGGCGCAAAGGUGGCCAUCAACAUGCCCGUCUUCCACGACGAAAACACGCCGAAGCCAUUCUACGACCCAACGAUACCCCACGACCGCAACCUGUUUCCCGAAGACAAGGAGGCGGGCGAGGGCGGUGCAGCGCUGCCGGACCACAUCUACAUGGACGCCAUGGGCUUCGGCAUGGGCUGCUGCUGCCUCCAGGUCACCUUCCAGGCCUGCUCCGUGCAGGAGGCCAGGACGGUGUACGACCAGCUGGUGCCCAUUGGCCCGCUCAUGCUCGCCCUCACGGCGGCGAGCCCCGCCUAUCGUGGCUACCUUUCCGAUGUUGACUGCCGGUGGAACGUCAUCUCGGCCGCCGUCGACGAUCGAACGCGCGAGGAAAAGGGGCUGGAGCCGUUGAAAGAGAGCAGAAUGGUUAUGCCAAAGAGCAGGUACGACUCGGUGGACAAUUACAUCUCUCUCGAUGCGUUGAACCGGCCCGAGUACAACGACAACCCGCUCCCUGUCGACGAGGGCAUCAAGGCCCGACUCGAGGCUGCGGGCAUCGACUCGCUUCUCUCGUCGCACCUCGCCCAUCUCUUCAUCCGCGACCCCCUCGUCAUCUUUUCCGAAAUGGUGGACCAGGACGACGAAGUGAGCAUGGACCACUUUGAGAAUAUCCAGUCGACAAACUGGCAAACGAUGCGGUUCAAGCCGCCCCCGCCGGGUGGCCAGAUUGGGUGGCGCGUCGAGUUUAGGAGCAUGGAGGUGCAGGUGACCGACUUUGAGAAUGCUGCAUUCAGCGUCUUUAUUGUCCUCUUGACCAGGGCCAUCCUGAGCUUUGGCCUCAACUUUUACAUUCCCAUCAGCAAGGUCGAUGAGAACAUGAAGCGGGCGCACCACCGGGACGCCGUCCAGAAAGAGUCCUACUACUUUCGCAAGCAAGUCUACCGUACCAAGCCGCGGCACCACCAGAGGGAAGCCUCGGCUGCACGCACUCGAUCGGCAUCUGCCACGAGGGUCUCCUCGCGCGCGCCCUCCCCCGGUCCUGGUCCUGGCCCGUCGUCGUCUGUCCCGCCACACGCUCGGAGCGGCAACGGCGUCGUCGCUGCUGCUGCCGCCGUUAAUGGCUCUACGCCUGCCUCGCCCUACCGCAGCCGAGCGGCCUCGCCAGAGCUAGGCCCCGUCGAGGAGGAGUACGAGGAGAUGACGCUCGAUGAGAUUGUCAAUGGUCGACGUCAGCCCUCGGCAUCAUCAUCUGCACGAAGAGGGCAAGACGAGGAGGAGGAGCAAGGGGCAGGUGCCGGCGACUUUCCCGGCCUCGUCGGGCUCGUAUACAACUACCUCGACUCGCUCAACAUCGACGUCGAGACGCGCAUCGAGAUGGGCGCCUACCUCGACCUCGUUGCCGCCAGGGCCAGGGGUGAGCUCAUGACGACGGCGACGUGGAUCCGGCAGUACGUGAGGAGCCAUCCCGAGUACAAGAAGGACUCGGUCGUGUCGCCCGGCAUAAAUUACGAUAUGAUAAAGAGGCUCGAUGAGAUCGAGCGGGGCGUCGUCGAGGCACCGGGCUUCCUUCCUGCAAAUUAUGCCAAGCGGCGGAGAGCAUUUGGCGACAAUGAGUAGCUGGUUGGUAGCUGGUAGUGAUGGGCCACUGCGACACUGCGACUACUUCUACAGAAGCAGAUGCACUCUCAGAAGACGGAUCACAUUCCCAUGUCUAUCUAGUACUACUACUACUAUUGUCGGCAUCCAUUACAACUACUUCUGCUAAUAAUAGCGAACACAUAGAGCAAAGAAGACCGUUCUCUACACGCUCAGCUCAGCCUUGGCGGCGUGCUUGAUGACGUCGCUGUACGGCUGCAGGGCCGGCUCAACGUGCUUGGAGAGG